GGCUGUAAUGGACCGGGGAGGAGAGUGCCUUGCCCAAGGUUGGCGCCGAGCCGGUGGAGGUGAAACGUGCUCCCGGGAGAGCUCUGCCUCCCGGAGGAACGGAGGAACAGUCGGCUGCCACCCCUGGCCCCCAACCUCUGCCAGGGAGAUCGCCGCCACCCAUCUCUGCCCAGCAACCCCCUUCCCCAGGCCGCGUGUGCCCCCGCGGUGCCGGCUCCGGCUCCGGGCAGGAUUUCCAGCGACCCGGCUGUUUCCCCCAGAAUCCUUAAGGCUCCAUGUGCUCUGGCCCUAGUCGCUAGGAAGGCCGGCUCAUCAUGGAAGAUUUCAGGAGGGAGACCUGCGAGCCAAGGGCAGUGGGGGCGGCCAGUCGCCUUUCCGGCCCAAUGCCUCUCCCAAGGCACAGCAGCAGGCUUUGGCUAAAUCCUGAGCCUCUGUCCCCUGGAACUGCCAGAUCUGGGCCUGGGGUCCAGCUGGACAGGACGACGCCUGGACUCCACAUUCCCCUUGAUGGUGGUGCCCAGGGGAGGGCAGAGCAGCGGUCAGUGUCCUGUGGAUAAGGAGCAUCCCUUGGCAGGUGCCCAGGCUCAGAGGCCGCCCCCAGCGAUGCACUGCCCGAGACUGGCCCUGGGCCUGGGAUUCUGCCUGCUGCUGGGCAUCACCCUCUACUCUCUGUGGGUGUAUGUUGAGAACUGGCUGCUGGUCUCCUACAUCCCCUUUUAUCUCCCCUGCCCAGAGAUCUUCAACAUGAAGCUUCAGUACGAGGAGGAGCCGUCCCAGCCCGUGGCACAGUCACAGUACCCUCAGCCCAAGCUGCUGGAGCAAAAGCCCACAGAGCUACUGACACUCACACCCUGGCUGGCGCCCAUCGUCUCCGAGGGAACCUUUAACGCCGAGCUUCUGCAUCACAUCUACCAGCCACUGAACCUGACCAUUGGGCUUACGGCGUUUGCUGUGGGAAAGUACACCCGGUUCGUCCAGCACUUCCUGGAGUCGGCCGAGCGGUUCUUCAUGCAGGGGUACCGCGUGCAGUACUACAUCUUCACUCACGACCCCCAGGCCAUUCCUCGGGUCCCACUGGGCCCCAGCCGCCACCUCAGUGUCAUCCCAGUCCCCGGGCCCUCCCAGUGGGAGGAGGCCUCCAUGGGCCGGAUGGAGGCCAUCAGCAUGCACAUCGCCAAGAGGGCGCACCGGGAGGUGGACUACCUCUUCUGCCUGGAUGUGGACAUGGCAUUCCGGAACCCAUGGGGCCCCGAGACCUUGGGGGACCUCGUGGCUGCCAUCCACCCGGACUACUUCACCGUCCCCCGCCACCAGUUCCCCUAUGAGCGCCGGCCUGUCUCCACUGCCUUCGUGGCAGAUGGCGAGGGGGACUUCUACUAUGGCAGGGCGGUCUUCGGGGGGCGGGUGGCCAGGGUGUAUGAGUUCACCAGGGGCUGCCACAUGGGCAUCCUGGCAGACAAGGCCAACGGCAUCAUGGCAGCCUGCCAGGAGGAGAGCCACCUGAACCGCCGCUUCCUCUCGCACAAGCCCUCCAAGGUGCUGUCCCCCGAGUACCUCUGGGACGACAGGAAGCCCCAGCCCCCCAGCCUGAAGCUGAUCCGCUUCUCUACCGUGAACAAGGACACUGCCCGGCUGUGGAGCUGACGGCAGAGGUGGGGCCGCCGUGGACGGGGGAACCCCAGCGAGCGCCCGGCUCACCAGAGCCUCUGGGCUCCAGGGCCUCACUCCUCAAGCCUUAGGUGGGACCAGCCCUGUGCCGUCUAACCUCCACCUUUGCUGGUGGAAUCCAGCGGGAAGACGGGCCUAGAAAGGCCUCUGUCCACUGUGAAGAGCGGUGUCUGUGUGGAGGAGAACGCAAAGAUCACACUGUCUGAGGCCCAAGGAGGGGAGGCCAGAGGUGGAAGAAGACGGGGCCUCCGCCAGCUCACGAGCCUUCGGGGCAGCCCCACCCAGCGCCCCAAAUCCCCUUUCUGCCACCCGCUCAUUCGUUGCCUGCUGCCCUUGAAGUUGCACUUUCUAACACUUGUAGGAAAGGCAUCCCCACCCCCCUUUUCUCUGGCUGCAGGGGUCCCCCCUGUGUCCCCGCCAGCCUCCGGAGCCAGUUUUUCACUCAGGACCCAGAGGAGCCUUCUAGGCCCUCUGGUUUCAAGUCCCUGCCUCACUCGAGGUGGACGGUCCCUGGCACCAAGCACCUCUUCUGUAAGAGGGUUUGGGCAGCGUUUAAUAAAAGUAGCGUGUGCUAGGCUCUAA